CGUUCGAUCGCCAGGGGCAGGCGGUGCGGUGGGUCCUGUGUGUGCGAGCGAGUUAUCGUACUACGGUACGCGUGCGCCGCGCCUCAAGGUGGCUGCGCUUUUUGUCUUCCUUCCACGACUACUACUACUUCUUCUUUCGCCUCACACACACACAAUCUCUCUCUCUCUGUCACCUUUGAGACGCCACACCUUUACAACCUCAACUAACUCCUUCUUGCCUGCUCUCAAGCACCAGCAACCAGCGAUAAAUCAUGGCCCGCAUCAACAUCCCCAUCGACGCCCUGACGUCGCGCCUCAACCUGUCGUCGCGCUUCGACAGCGUCCGCAGCACCUCGCUGUCCACGCGCUUCGCCAACCUCAAGCCCGUCUCCGAGUUCUUCGACAUCAAGCGCGUCAGCAAGCCCCAGAACUUCGGCGAGGUCCAGUCGCGCGUCAACUACAACCUGGGCUACUUCAGCAGCAACUACUUUGCCAUCUUCGUCAUGCUGAGCAUCUACUCGCUGCUCACCAACCUGUGGCUGCUGUUCGACAUCAUCUUCGUCGGCGGUGGCAUGUGGGGCAUCAACAAGCUGCAGGGUGCCGACCUUGACCUCGGCUUCACCCGCGCCACGUCGCAGCAGCUCUACACCGGCCUGUUUGUCAUCGCCGUCCCCGUCUUCAUCUGGGCCUCGCCCAUCACCACCGUCCUGUGGCUUGUCGGUGCUAGCGCUGUCUCGAUUCUCGGCCACGCGUCCUUCCUGGACAAGCCCAUCGAGUCAGCUUUUUCCGAGGAGGCGGUCUAGGUGGUCGGCCGCGAACUCCGUAUGAUAGUGUGCCCCCAUGGGGAAGACCACCAGGGGGAGCGCGCCUGGGGAGGCAGAGGGGGUGGGGUCCGGCGAG